AGCCAGCCAGCCAGCCCGCCGAGAAGGAGGCGUGGGCAUGACGCCGGGAGCCGACGAGCCCGGAGCCCGCGCCGUCGCCUAGGGCGCCCCGGGGGCUCCGCGGACGGGUGGGGCWGGGGCUGGACGCGGCCCAGCACUGCGCGGAUGGCCGUGCUUCCGCGGACCGCACUUGUCUUCCUGCUCCUGCUGGCCGCCCCUGUCAGGUGCCAGGAGCAGGAUCAGACCACCGACUGGAGGGCCACCCUGAAGACCAUCCGGAACGGCAUUCACAAGAUAGACACGUACCUGAACGCCGCCUUGGACCUCCUGGGAGGCGAGGACGGGCUCUGCCAGUACAAGUGCAGCGACGGAUCUAAGCCUUUUCCACGUUAUGGUUAUAAACCCUCCCCUCCAAAUGGAUGUGGCUCUCCGCUGUUUGGUGUUCAUCUUAACAUUGGCAUCCCUUCCCUUACAAAGUGCUGCAACCAACACGACAGGUGUUAUGAGACCUGUGGCAAGAGCAAGAAYGACUGUGACGAGGAAUUCCAAUAUUGCCUCUCCAAGAUCUGCCGAGAUGUGCAAAAAACACURGGAUUAACUCAGCAUGUUCAGG